GAUGGCAGGGAAACCCACAUCGAAAAUUGUGGAAAUCAACAUGAGCAAGAGCAGCCAUAAACACGCACCAUUCAACCGUAUCGAGAAGGGUAGGCGCACUAAGAUCCUCGAGAAGCAUAUCCUGCCAGGCAUAAUGCAGCUCUUGCGCCCUGCCCGCAAACAUUCAGCGUCCUGAAGUCUGCAUGUCGGACAUGGUAAGAUCGCCUGUGAGCGCAGAUCGGUAUCCUACUAUGCCAGGAGAAACAGACAUCAGACAUGAUUAAACUGGGUGGUGGCUUCUGGGAUGGAGGCCUGGCAGUAUUAGAAAAUAUGCCUUCUCUACCAUCUCAAGAGGAAGAUGCAGCUGAGGCAGAAGAGUGGGAGAGGGAAGCAACAUCUACGUUGGAAAUACUAGGUAGCGUUCAUGUGGAGGACAGUCCCACCGCAGACCACGCAUUCCAUGUCUCUCAGCUGAAGAUUAUCCUCGAUCGGACAAGUUCA